AAACCCCAAGCCAAAGCAACAAAGAAAAUUCGUCUUUCCCGUGAGAAAGAUCUUCAGCCAACAGUAUUUUAUUCUCCGGAAAACCGAGAGACAACCAGAUAGAUACAACCACAGACCCGACCCGAUUGGCGUCGAGUACGUACUUGGAGUCUGAUUAUCCUUUUAAGUUUAAAUUUAACAAUUGAUCAAGACACAAUUAAUCCAGACAAAUGGAUCCAGCAUCCGACCCGAACCGCGCCGGCGAGGGUCCAUCGUCGACAACCGCCGGCGGCGCAUCACCUUCCGCCGCGCCGCCUCCGCCGCCGAGUAGGUACGAGUCGCAAAAGCGUCGCGACUGGAUCACGUUCUUGCAGUACUUGAGAAACCACAAGCCGCCGCUGACGCUGGCGCGGUGCAGCGGGGCGCACGUGAUCGAGUUCCUCAAGUACCUGGACCAGUUCGGGAAGACGAAGGUGCACGCGACCGGGUGCCCGUGCUUCGGGCACCCGAACCCGCCGGCGCCGUGCGCGUGCCCGCUGAGGCAGGCGUGGGGGAGCCUCGACGCUCUCAUCGGACGGCUCCGAGCCGCGUACGAGGAGAACGGGGGGCGAGCCGAGUCAAACCCGUUCGGAGCCAAAGCGGUGAGGAUUUACUUGAGGGAGGUGAGAGAGAGUCAGGCUAAGGCUAGGGGGAUACCUUAUGAGAAGAAGAAGAGGAAACGGACGCCGGCGACGGUUGCGGCGGCGGAAGGGAGUGGUGAUGUUCAAGCGGGGAAGGGUGGUGGUGGUGGGAGUAGUGGGGGUGUGGCCGUUACUUCUUUUACGACCACUACAACUGUAUAGUUCCCACUUUCGUAAUUUUUUAGUAUUUUCUGUUUAAUUAUUUUAGGUAAUUAAUUGAUCUUUAUUUUUUUGCAAAGAAGAGUAGAACUUUGAAGUAAUUGCUUAUCCAAAAAAAAUUUUGAAGUAAUUAUUUUAGGUAAGUCAAUUAAUCGAUCUUUAUUUUAUACAACAUUGAAUUUUGAAAGUAACUAAUCUCUUUUCUCUCUCUAUAAAAAGAGUAAGAUUAGUUUUCACCAUUUACUCACCCGUUUCACAUUACUUGUUUUACGCUAAAAUUCGUAUAAAAUAUUUUUCCACUUUAAUAUUAAAAUAAAAUACUAUUGUGCGUAUUUUUUGAACCUAUUUACAUGAUAAUUAGGGGGUGUUUUUUUAAUUUUGUGCCAAACUUUUAUAAAUUAUUAAUUUGUCUCGAUGAGAAGAAUAAAAAAAUUCAUAUUUUUUUUGACUUUUUCUUGGAUAUUUUCAAUUUUUUUUGGGUGAAUAUCAUAAUUUAUUAUUAUUUUUAAUUUCUCUCGUCGAGAUAAACCAAUAAUCUAUAAAAGUUUAACGUAAAAUUAAAAAACAAAAUAUUUUUUUAAUAAAAACAAAACAAGAACUACAGUUUGAGUUUAGUAGAAACAAUUAGUUUGGGACAGAAAAGAUUAUCUUUUAAAACAUAGAUAGUGAUGAGCAUCUUCCUAGCUAGCGUCUCAAAUCAUGGCUAUUUGAGAUUGUUUAAUAAAGGUUUCGCGGGAGAUAUUUGGGAUAUUAAUUGGCCAGAAAAUUUAUUAAAAACCGAACAGAGAGAGCCAUGUUGUUCUUUAAGUAUAUUUGUUUGAUCUCCUCUUUUUUGGACUUGUUUGUUCUUCUUUUUUUUUCUUGGCCGCCUUGUUUGUUGAAGCACUCAAGAGAUAAGAUAAGCGAAAAUUAUUCAAAUACUUUCGGAUUAUAUGAAUAAUAUACUUCAUUCUCUCCCAUAACAUGUGAGGUCCACACGGAAGAUAUACACGGGACCCAUAUAUGUUAUGAGAGGAGGAAAUAUAUUGUUCAUAUAUUCUGGGAGUAUUGAAUAAUUACUCCCAAGAUGAGCCACUCCACUCCUACUGUACUAUUGCAUCGUCAUUCCUCCCCUCAAAAACGAGAAAUUUUUCAGUGCCGGGUGGGCACGGGUCACGUGGUGCCGAACACGUAUUUUGGCCGUCCAAACGUGUUUUAAACGAUCCAUAUUUGUUUGGGCUUGAGGGGGUGUUUUGGUAAUUUUACACUUAAAAAUUACCCAAACAGAUUUGGGCCGUCCAAUACACGUUUGGACGGCCGAGAUGGUGCUCGUCACCACGUGGGGCACGUCGGCACUGAAAAACUUCUCCUCAAAAUCACAUACUUACAUGUACAAUAUUUUGGAGUACUACCUUUUGGAAUUUUUUUUAGUGCCGGGUGGGUACCACGUGGUGCCCGCUCGGCACAUCUGAGCCGUCCGUUGUAUUUUUGGACAGUUCAUCUUGGAGAGAGAAAGUGUUGGGGUGAGAGGAGAGAGAGAGAGUUUUAAUUCGAGCCGUCUAAAAGUGUAUUAGAUAGUCCGAAUGUGCCGAGUGGAUACCACGUGCCACGUGGGAUAUACCCACCAUGCACCGAAAAAUUUCUCCUUUUAUCUUUUAAAACCCCAAUGGCACCGUUUCACCCGUUUGACUGGUUUAAUUGAAAGGAUACGUGCAUAAUUAGUCAAUGAUUUUCAUUUCCAUUUUAUUGAUACUUCGUCAAUGUGUGCGUAAGUUGAUUUGGACAACUAAAUUAUAUAAGAAAAUUCAUAAUUAGUCGAUGUGCGCUUAAGUUAAUCCGGAUACCUGAAUUAUAAAAAAUAAAAA